UUGCCAUUUGCUAUGGAUAGGAGUGAGUAUUUGGUUCAUUUGGGGAACCUGGAAUUUUUCCAUGUCAAGACCGGGUGCUGCGAUGCCGAUCUCCCGGCUCAAUAUUUUUGUAUCACCAUGUUUCAAAUUAUUGUUGAAGGAGGAAGAAAUAUGCUCAAGACCAUACAUUCAACUGUUCUUUCUGCGGAUGUAGAGGACACUGGGUUGAAUCUUGCUUUCUGCUUCACGCCUGAGUGCGGGGAUUAUGAACAUGAGGAGUGUGUUAAUCAGCCAAACCAAGAAGAAACCAGUCUUGAUGAGAAUUUAUUGAUGGAGGAACAUUGGAGAAAGGAAGAAAGCAUGCAUAUAUAGACAGUAUACUCACUCCGUAAGAUGGAACGUUAGGGGCCAGGCAUCGUGAAAGAGUGUAUCUUGGGCGAACCGGAACCUCAUUGUUGGAUUUAAAUGAAACUUCAAAAGCCUUGGAUACCCUAAUAUUAUAUUAUAUUAUAGUAUCAGUGAAUGUAUUUGUGGGAUCUUUUGCAAACAACUUAAUGUUAAUUUAUAUAUGCAUUUGAAUCUCUAGUUAUUAUGCAGCAGCAUUUACAUAA